AUGGGCAGUGACGAAUGGACGAGGCAACGGAAGGAUAACCACAAAGAGGUCGAGCGCCGCCGCCGUGGAAAUAUCAACGAAGGCAUCAACGAGCUUGGCCGGAUCGUCCCCAACGGGUCAGGCGAAAAGGCAAAAGGUGCCAUCCUGUCCCGCGCGGUGCAGUACAUCCAUCAUCUGAAAGAGAAUGAGGCGCGGAACAUCGAAAAGUGGACGCUGGAGAAGCUGCUGAUGGACCAGGCGAUGGGGGAUUUGCAAGCGCAGUUAGAGGAGAUGAGGAGGAUGUGGGAUGAGGAGAGGAUGGGGAGGCAGAGGGCUGAGUCGGAGCUGGAGACGUUGAAGGGUGGUGGUCAGAAGAGGCCGAAUGAGGAUGGGGAUGGGAAAGAGGAGGGAGACGGGAAGAGGCAGAGGACGGAGUGA